AUGGACACGGGCUCAGUAGUGCCUUUGCAUUGGUUUGGCUUUGGCUACGCAGCACUGGUUGCUUCUGGUGGGAUCAUUGGCUAUGUAAAAGCAGGCAGCGUGCCGUCCCUGGCUGCAGGGCUGCUCUUUGGCAGUCUAGCCGGCCUGGGUGCUUACCAGCUGUCUCAGGAUCCAAGGAACAUUUGGGUUUUCCUAGCUACAUCUGGUACCUUGGCUGGCAUUAUGGGAAUGAGGUUCUACCACUCUGGAAAAUUCAUGCCUGCAGGUUUAAUUGCAGGUGCCAGGUACUUUCAUUCUAUUACUCUUCUUUACCAUGUAGAGUUCAGUUUAUUCCCCAGGAUACUUUAUGCAUUCAAAACCUUACUUGUUUCAGGAUAUCUGAUGCUAUGUAUCAACUGACAUUUGAUAUAUACACUAAUA